AUGUUUUUCUUCUUGACGCAGCCAUGUCAUCCCAUCUACUGCUACUUGUAUGGGCCACAGAGUGAGGAAAGUGGCCGAAUCAAGUGUCUUCGGCGCUUUCUUACCUUUCUGCUGGGACUCGUGCUGGGCUUUCUCCUCUGGAAGCUGGUGACCCUGAACUUCAGCAUGGGUCCCUUGCUCGUGUACGGAUCCACCGAACUCUACGUCUUCGUGGUCUUUGUCCUGGUGACCGGAACGAUCUUCAUGCUGAGUCGGCCAGCUCGCACCGUAAUCCUGCUGCUGUUCGUGGCCGUGGUGGGUAAGUCUGGAAGGACAUAUCUACGGGCAGUGGCCUUUGCCUUUAUAAUAUCGGGACCCAUUGGCAACCUGGUGGAAAAUGCGGGCGAGGUUGCCCGUGUGUUCGUCUGCACUACAGUGCUGACCUACAAUCUAUCCAAAACCCGGUUUGAUUUGAUGGCCAAGCCGUUUACAAACACUCUGAAGCAUAUGCGAGGCGAUGUGGAGGAGAUACGGCAUACCUUUUACGAACUACAAGAGGUCCUUGGCGAUCUUAAGUACGCCGUGGAAAAUUCGGACAUAGAAGACGAGAAAUACGGCGACAAGAACACCAAACCCAUCUAUGAAAGAUGGGCCAGAGAAUCGCGCAGGAUGAACACAAGUGAAAUUGGAAAUGGAGGUAAGGAGCUGCCAAAUUCAGCCGAGGUUCAGGAGCGAUUUCAGCGCAACAUGAGAAACCGGUGCAAGCAUCAGCUCAGAAGUGGCCAUCGGGUGUGUCUGGAGGUCUUUCGAAAGGGUUACCGAAAAUGUGCCACCAAUUUUCCCUCAAUGAUAGCCAAGGCCAUCUGCUGGCCAUACAGAGUGGAUAUUAUCUGCGAGCUAGACCUCUUUGGCAAUCCGGAUAAGAUAUGCGAUCCAUCGGCGGUGGUGCCAAACAACUUCGGAGAGACCUACGUGGAGUUACUGAGGGCCGAACAGGAACUCUUCGACAACAGCUCGCAGAUCGAGGUCAACUAUGAGAUAAAGGACGAGCAGUUCGCCAAGAGUCAAAUGAAGUCCGCCGAAAGGACGGGAGAGGCUUUUAAAGAGGACUUUGAACGCCGAAGGAGGAUCUUCAAUAAGGUAAUGGGCAUACUGCAGAAGAUCCUGUGUCUGUUCAUGCUGCGCAUGGUCGUCGUAUCCAUCAACUACUAUGUGAAGUAUCUCAACGACGUGGAGUUCGACAACUUCUAUAUCACCGACUACUUCAAGCACGUGGAUCAGCGGCGCAAGGACCAGCGUAAUGAUGGCAUCCUGCCACUGCGCACCUACGAGAAGUGCAAGUACAUAGACUUGGAUCGCAUAUUUAGUCGAACCUACGAAGAGUCCACCACGGUGUGCUUUUGCUUGUUACAGUUCCUACUCGAAGUAGUCACAGCGGGACUGUUUAUACUAAUAGACCACUUGGUCGUAGACCUACUUCAGAUUGUUAGAAAGCGAUCGAAGAUCGUUUACCAGCAGGAAGGUGAGCAUGAAGUCCGAUUCAAUAUCAGUGGUGUGGGUCAAAUGGCGCGACUGCUGCGCACCACCAUGCAUAACUUCAACAUCCACGAGAAGGUCUCCACCUCGCUGUCCAACGAGGAGUGCCUGCCGAAUGCCCAUGUCCUGCCAAAGAAGAUGUACUACCACCUCCUACUGCUGUACCUGAUCAUCAUAGUGCUGAUCUACGAGAGCACAACAUUUCUGCGCAUGCGGAGACUAAUAUGUAGCUACUUCUACUACAAGCGCGAGAAACAGCGCAUACUGUUCCUCUACAACCGCAUCCUGCGGAACCGGCUCAGAUCUCUGGAGAUUCUGAUUCACGGUGCCGAGGAUAACCUGGCCACAUAUCGCAUACAGCAGCAGAUAAACGUCUUCCUUUGGCUGCGGCUCUCAUGUCCUUCCGCAUUUGGUUGGAUCAGGCACUUCAAGCUCGCCAAAAGAACCUGCAUGAUCUGCCGCGGAUUGGAGGACUUCACCUUCACGGUUUGCACCAACUGCGGACUGCCAUAUUGCGACGAUUGUGCCGAGGAUCUCAACAGCGUGUGCUUCCAGUGCGGCGUGGUGCUCACUAGAGUGGCCGAAGGAUCCAGAAGCAGCGUCGAGGUGUACGCUUACAGGAAAGAAAAAUAGUCCAAAGAGCACAACAGCUACUAUGCCCA